CAAGACUUGCACAUCCAUCUUUUCUUCUACAUUGACCAUCCAUCCACAAAUCAUGUCUACCGAAGAAGUCAAAACUGCCGCCGCCCCCGCUGCUGCGCCUACUGCUGCCCCUGACGCUGCCGCUCCUGCUGCCGCCCCUGCCGCUGAGAAGGUUGAGCUCGCCGCGCCCAUCGAGACUGCCAAGGAGCCCGAGACUGGCGACAAGAGGAAGGCCGAGGAGCCUGUCGUCGGUGAGGCUGAUGAGAAGAAGACCAAGAUCGACGAUGUCAAGGGCAAGGGCAAGUCCACUGACGAGCCUCCUGUCGAGACUACUGCCCCUGUCGACGAAGAAGAGGAGGAUCUUGACACCUUGAUCCAGCCUGGUAGGAGGAACAGGAAGCCUGUGAACUAUGCCGAUCCUGAGGCCUGGAAAAAGGCCGAGCUUGACCCCAACGCGCCGGAAGAUGACGAUGACAAGGAGGAUGCUGUUCCCGAGGACUCUGGCGAUGAGGAUGAGGAUGACGAUGCGCCCGAAGCCCCUGCCACCGCUGAGGUCGACGACGAGGACGAAGAAAAGUAAACGGCCUUGUCAGACGCGUCAUCGUACGAGUAGGGUAGCAUGUUGUAUUCAAAACACUAAAGAAAGUGAUAAGCAGAAUGAAAAGGGUACAUCAGUGGUUUGCGA